AUGAGCCCCGGGAGCUGUCGGGGCACGGCCCGGGCCAGGCCGGGCAUCUAGAGCGCGGCCGGAGAGGGCGGCCGGGCGGUCUCGUGUUCGUCCUCGCGUGGCGCCGCGUCGAAGCGCAGGAAGAUGUCCACGAGGACCCCCCUGCCCACGGUGAACGAGCGCGACGCCGAGAACCACACCUCACAUGGAGAUGGGAGGCAAGAAGUUACCUCCCGCACUGGGCGCUCUGGAGCAAGGUGUAGAAACUCAAUAGCUUCCUGUGCAGAUGAACAACCUCACAUUGGAAACUACAGACUGUUGAAAACAAUCGGCAAAGGGAAUUUUGCAAAAGUGAAAUUGGCAAGACACAUCCUUACAGGCAGAGAGGUUGCAAUAAAAAUAAUAGAUAAAACUCAGUUGAAUCCAACAAGUCUUCAAAAGCUCUUCAGAGAAGUAAGAAUAAUGAAGAUUUUAAAUCAUCCAAACAUAGUGAAAUUGUUUGAAGUCAUUGAAACUGAAAAAACACUCUACUUAAUCAUGGAAUAUGCAAGUGGAGGUGAAGUAUUUGACUAUUUGGUUGCACAUGGAAGAAUGAAGGAAAAAGAAGCAAGAGCUAAAUUUAGACAGAUUGUGUCUGCAGUACAAUAUUGCCACCAAAAAAGAAUUGUUCACAGAGAUCUCAAGGCUGAAAAUCUAUUGUUAGAUGCAGAUAUGAACAUUAAAAUAGCAGAUUUUGGUUUUAGCAAUGAGUUUACUGUUGGCAGUAAACUAGACACGUUUUGUGGUAGUCCUCCAUAUGCUGCCCCAGAGCUCUUCCAAGGCAAAAAGUACGAUGGGCCAGAAGUCGAUGUGUGGAGUCUCGGCGUCAUUCUGUACACCCUAGUCAGUGGGUCACUUCCCUUUGACGGACAAAACUUAAAGGAACUGAGAGAGAGAGUAUUGAGAGGGAAAUACAGAAUCCCUUUCUACAUGUCCACAGACUGUGAAAACCUCCUCAAACGCUUCCUGGUGCUGAACCCAGUUAAACGAGGCACUUUGGAGCAAAUCAUGAAGGACAGGUGGAUCAACGCAGGACAUGAGGAAGAUGAACUUAAGCCAUUCGUCGAACCAGAACUAGACAUCUCAGACCAGAAAAGAAUAGAUAUUAUGGUAGGAAUGGGAUAUUCACAAGAAGAAAUUCAAGAAUCUCUUAGUAAAAUGAAAUACGAUGAAAUCACUGCUACGUAUUUGUUGUUGGGGAGAAAAUCUUCAGAGCUGGAUGCCAGUGACUCCAGUUCUAGCAGCAACCUUUCACUUGCUAAGGUUCGGCCAAGCAGUGACCUCAGCAACAAUACUGGCCAGUCUCCUCACCACAAAGUGCAAAGAAGUGUUUCUUCAAGCCAGAAGCAGAGACGGUACAGUGACCACACUGGACCAGCUAUACCUUCAGUUGUGGCAUACCCCAAAAGAAGUCAGACCAGCACUGCAGAUAGUGACCUCAAAGAAGAUGGAAUUGCCUCCCGGAAAUCUAGUGGCAGUGCUGUGGGAGGAAAAGGAAUUGCUCCUGCCAGUCCCAUGCUUGGAAAUGCAAGUAAUCCCAAUAAGGCAGAUAUUCCUGAACGCAAAAAGAGCCCAGCUGUCCCCAGUAGUAACACAGCCUCCGGUGGAAUGACACGCCGAAACACUUACGUUUGCAGUGAGAGAACUACAGCAGACAGACAUUCAGUGAUUCAGAAUGGCAAGGAAAACAGCGCUAUUCCUGAUCAGAGAACUCCAGUUGCUUCCACCCACAGUAUUAGCAGUGCAACCACCCCAGAUCGCAUCCGCUUCCCAAGAGGCACAGCCAGCCGUAGCACUUUCCAUGGACAGCCGAGGGAACGGCGGACAGCAACCUACAAUGGCCCGCCUGCCUCACCCAGCCUCUCCCAUGAAGCCACACCACUGUCCCAGACUCGAAGCCGAGGCUCCACUAAUCUUUUUAGUAAAUUAACUUCAAAACUCACAAGGAGAAACAUGUCAUUCAGGUUUAUCAAAAGGCUUCCAACUGAAUAUGAGAGGAACGGGAGAUAUGAGGGCUCCAGUCGAAAUGUGUCUUCAGAGCAAAAGGAAGAAAACAAAGAAGCGAAACCCCGCUCGCUGCGUUUCACCUGGAGCAUGAAAACCACGAGUUCCAUGGACCCCGGCGACAUGAUGCGGGAGAUCCGCAAAGUGCUGGACGCCAAUAACUGCGACUACGAGCAGCGCGAGCGCUUCCUGCUCUUCUGCGUUCACGGCGACGGGCACGCCGAGAGCCUGGUGCAGUGGGAGAUGGAAGUCUGUAAGCUGCCAAGACUGUCUCUGAACGGGGUCCGGUUUAAACGGAUAUCAGGGACAUCCAUAGCUUUCAAAAACAUUGCUUCCAAAAUUGCCAAUGAGCUAAAGCUGUAACCAGUAAUUAUGGUGUAAAUUAAGUAGCAACUUAAAGUGUUUUCCUGAGCGCGAUGGAAAUGUAUAGAAUAAUAUUUAGGCAAUAACGUCUGCAUCUUCUAAAUCAUGACAUUCAAGUCUAAGGGCGAGAGCACGCCUGGGAGCAAAAGCUGGCCUUUUCUACAAAUGCACUACAUUAAAGUCAUGUGACCCUGGCCUCUGUCUUGUUUCCAUUGCCCUGGGAGUCAGCGUGUGGCACCCCUGCCCGUGCCUCCCGUGUGUGGUGUGCGUGGCCAUGUGUGCAGAGCAGGUGUGCGGGAGCAUCUCCUGACACUGGCAGCCAGCACUGGCACUAGCACCUCCGUGGGAGAUCAUUUGGUGCUAAAACAUUACGAUUGCCAAGGAGGAAAAUACUGAAUUUCUGCUAAGAAUUAACCUUAAGACUAGUUGAUAAUUAAUACAGGUUUACAGUUCAUGCCUGUGGUUUUUGUGUUUGUUGUUUUGUGUUUUUUUUAGUGCAAAAGGUUUAAAUUUAUAGUUGUGAAACAUUGCUUGUGUGUGUUUUUCUAAGUAGAUUCACAAGAUAAUUAAAAAUUCACUUUUUCUCAGUAAAA